CGAUGGCGGGGGGCGUUCCUCUAUCCACCACCGCCACCAGCAGCAGCAGCAGCCCGUCUCCACCAAUCCAUCGCUUCCCUCGAACGUAUUAGCGGUUCCUUUUUCCUGUUUCUCAUUCUGUACGCGUCGCUCUUGCUGCUCGCUAUUUCUCUUCUUUCUCUCUCCCGCUGGGUUAGCGCUUGUUGCUUUCGCACACGAAACGCCGCAGCCGCCGCCUCUCGCUUUUCCUCUCUCUCUCCGUCUUUCCGUGCCUUCAUCUCUUCUUAGCCACCAGCGAGUGAAGGAGGAGGGCUCGUCGCAAUGGCAAGCGCAACCGGGCUGACGAGCGACCCUGCGUGGAAGCGACUGGGCGAGUGGCACGCCAAGCAUUCGGCCUCGCUCAAGAUGAGACAGCUCUUCGACAAGGACGCCGAACGAUUCGCCAAAUUCAGUCUGCUGCUCAACACUGAUGACGGAGAGCUACUGCUGGACUACUCCAAGAACCUCAUCACACCGGAGGUCAUGGACCUGCUGCUCGACCUGGCACGUUCACGUGGAAUUGAAAAGGCCAGAGACCGCAUGUUCAGCGGGGAGAAGAUUAACUUCACAGAGAACCGCGCGGUGCUGCACGUGGCUUUGCGCAACCGCUCCAGCAAGCCGAUGGUGGUGGACGGCAAGGACGUGAUGCCCGACGUUAACGCCGUGCUGGAAAAGAUGCGCGGCUUCUGCGAGAGGGUGCGGAGCGGACAGUGGAAGGGCUACUCUGGCAAGCCAAUCGCCGACGUCGUCAACAUCGGCAUCGGCGGCUCUGACCUGGGCCCCCUGAUGGUGACCGAGGCGUUGAAGCCGUACUCGAAGGGCGGCCCCAACUCGUGGUUCGUGUCGAACAUCGACGGCACGCACAUGGCCAAGACGCUCGCCGUGCUCGACCCCGAGACGACGCUCUUCAUCAUUGCGUCCAAGACGUUCACGACUCAGGAGACGAUCACCAACGCCGAGUCGGCCAAGGAGUGGUUCCUGAAGAAAGCUGGAGACCCGGCGGCAGUCGCGAAGCACUUCGUGGCACUCUCCACAAACGGGGAAAAAGUGAAGGCUUUCGGCAUCGACACAAAUAACAUGUUCGAGUUCUGGGAUUGGGUGGGAGGUCGUUAUUCACUCUGGUCGGCGAUCGGCCUCUCCAUCGCCCUGCACAUCGGCUUUGAAAACUUUGAGCAGCUGCUCAGUGGAGCUCACUGGAUGGACAACCACUUCUGCAGCGCGCCCCUCGCGAAGAACGCGCCGGUGAUCCUGGCGCUGCUGGGCGUGUGGUACGGCAACUUCUUCGGCGCCGAGACGCACGCUCUGCUGCCCUACGACCAGUACAUGCACCGCUUCGCCGCCUACUUCCAGCAGGGUGACAUGGAGUCCAACGGGAAGUACAUCACAAGCUCGGGCCGACGCGUUGACUACAGCACGGGCCCCAUCGUGUGGGGCGAGCCGGGCACCAACGGGCAGCACGCCUUCUACCAGCUCAUCCACCAAGGAACCCGCAUGAUCCCGGCGGACUUUCUCAUCCCCGCUCAAACGCAGCAUCCCAUCCGAGAGGGCCUGCACCACACGAUCUUGCUGGCGAACUUCCUGGCGCAGACGGAGGCGCUGAUGAAGGGGAAGACGGAGCAGGAGGCUCGCGCCGAGCUGCAGGGGGCCGGGCUCGCAGGUCCCGCGCUCGACAAGCUCCUCCCCCACAAGGUGUUUGAGGGGAACCGCCCAACCAAUUCGAUUGUCUUCAACAAGCUCACGCCCUUCAUGCUGGGGGCUCUGAUCGCCAUGUACGAGCACAAGAUCUUCAUCCAGGGCGUCAUUUGGGAAGUGAACAGCUACGAUCAGUGGGGUGUGGAGUUGGGCAAGCAGCUGGCCAAGGCCAUCGAGCCGGAGCUGACCUCGCCUGGAGAGGUGACCUCCCACGACUCCUCCACCAACGGCCUCAUCGGCUUCAUCAAGCAGCACCGGCAGUGACUAGGCACGCGCAAGCCAACACCGCCCCCCCCCCCCUCCAGCGUCUCCGCCAAGCUCUGACACGCCGUCCUUCGUGCUCGCACCACGGGGUUAGGGGUGUUGUGUUCCACCGGACGCGUCGGCCUCUUCCGCUCGGGCGUGGGCUGCGGGGUGUUGGGGGAGGCGUGGCGUAAUGAGAUGCGGACUGACCAGGGUGUCCCCUCUCCCCUCCGAUUUUCUGUAAUACCCCGGCGAGGUUAGCUCGGCUUGUGAUCGAUGGGUUUUCUUGCGAGACGUUUGUUACAGGCAACCGCCGUGGCAAGCAUGUGACGUGUGCGUUGCCUGUUUGUCUAUCCACUGCUGGAGGAGGGAGGGCCUUGCCACCCACGCCGUUCGGGCUCAUGGGGGAGGCCUUCAAACCUCACCGUUGUUGUUAGACCGAUAAACAUUUGACAUGCAAGGACAAUCGUUGUCACUCGUCCAUCUACACUCGAUUGGAUGGGGGGGGGUAACGUGAUGAAACGCACAGCGUGCGACACCCCUGCAGGUGUAGGCUCGUGCGAACGUCAAGCUUGAGGAGUAGUCUCCUCGCAAGACGGGCCGCCGUCACCUCGUUACGCCAGCGGUGGGGAACAUUUUUUUCCUGCCGAGGGCCAUUUGGAUAUUUAUAACAUCAUUCGCGGGCCAUACAAAAACAUUAACUUAAAAAUUAGCCUGUUAUAUUUGGUCAAACAUUUUAAUUAACUCGCCCCUAAUGUGAUGGC